GUCUUUUUACGAAACUAGAAAUAAGGAAGAAUGAGAGGGAUUUCGUUUUUGUCUGAAUGAAUAGUGGGAAGCUCUUGUAGAAUUUCAUAAUAAUAUUUUGUCUUGGUCUUGAUGCAUGCUCAUGCUGUGAGACCUGCUGCAUGUGACCUUGAGAGUUAAGCUUAGGCCUGCCAAAGUUGAGGUAUACUUUAACCAGUAUAAGGCCUUUUGGGGUGACUAAUGGAGCGAGCGAGAGGGUGGGUCUUGCAAGUGCUAAAUUGUGAGGGGUUCCUCUAACUGACUGGUACAUGGCACCCUAUUAGCCAGUCCCUAGCAAUGUGCCAAAUUUGAGCUUAAUUGGCCCAGCUGUUCUCGAGAUCCGGAAGCGGCACCCUGGGCCUGCAUGACACAUGCGCAAAAUGGGUCCCAACUGACUUUUGCAUGGCACCGUACCAAACGGUCCCUAACCGCAUACCAAAUUUGAGCGCAAGCGGUCCAGCUGUUCUCAAGAUCUAGAUUUGACCCCUGCAUGUGUGCACGCACAGCAGCACCCCAUCUGUGGCACAUGCAAAUGCAUUGCCUAGUGGGUGCCUACCGACAUGCCAAGUUUCAGCGCAAUCAGCCCAGUAGUUACCAAGAUACUGCAAUUGUUACAAAACUGAGACCUCUUCAUUUUGCAUGUGGCACUUGCAUAAGGGGGUCACCCACAUGCAUCAGGAAUAGUCCAAUACUUGGUAGAAGGAAUAAAGCUACCUACUCUACAAAAAUUACCCCAAGUAAAUCGGUAAAGUGGUUGCUGAGAUAUAAGCCUCGCAAAAGCGUCCACACGGCCCGGGCCGGCCGGCCGCUCAUACUUAAGAAAUUUCUGUUAAUCUACGACCGACUUUGCCUGAUUGCUCGCUUCGCCGGCUCCUUAAUAAAACUCAAUGUUUUUAUAGUGUGGAAGAGCCUGUUUUCCAGCAAAACUAAUCACUUGCAUAACCUAGGACGAUGACUGUGAUCGAUGAAACGGACGAUGUGCUGCCCGAUUCACAGACAGCCAAAGUGUUCUAUAGCAAAUAUGAGCCCAAGGAGGUUCUUGGAAGAGGUGUGAGCUCCACUGUGCGGCGCUGUGUCGACAAGGAGACGGGCACCGAGUAUGCCGUCAAAAUUAUCGACAUCAGCGAGGCGGACCACGGCUCCGACAUCAAAGAGUCGACGCACCGCGAGGUGGAGGUGCUGCGCAUGGUCCAGGGCCACCCCUACGUCAUCGAACUCCACGAUGUAUUCGAGUCCGCGACCCAUAUAUUCCUGGUGUUCGAACUGCUUAGGCAAGGUGAACUAUUUGACUACCUCACAACCGUCGUCACACUCUCCGAGAAAAAGACCAAGCACAUAAUGAAGCAGCUGUUUGAGGCGCUGCUGCACGUGCACGACAAGUCCGUGGUGCACCGGGACGUCAAGCCGGAGAACAUCCUGCUGGACGACAACCUGGACAUCAAGCUGACCGACUUCGGGUUCGCGCGCAUUCUCCGGCCAGGAGAGGAGUUAUACGAUCUGGUCGGCACGCCCGGCUACCUGGCGCCCGAGCUGCUGCGAGCCAACAUGAUCGAGACGGCGCCCGGCUACCGGUUCGAAGUGGACACCUGGGCGUGUGGUGUCGUCAUGUACACACUACUGGUCGGCUGUCCACCAUUCUGGCACCGCAAACAGAUGGUCAUGCUGCGCAACAUCAUGGAGGGCAAGUUCACGUUCGGCUCGCCCGAGUGGGAUGACGUCACAGACGCGCCCAAGGACCUGAUCUCGCGUCUGCUGACGGUGGACCCGGCGCGGCGGAUCACCGUCCGCGAGGCGCUGCAGCACCCGUUCUUCCACCGGGUCACGGCUCGCGAGCGGCCCUUCUCCGGCCGGCGGAUGUUCAAGCUGGCCAUCAACAGCGUGCGCGCGGCCGUGCGCAUCCAGCGGCUCAAGUACACGCCCGAGGCCCUGUCCGUCUCCGUGGCCAUCAUGGACCCGUACCGGAUCAAGGCGCUACGGAAGGUGAUAGACGCGUGCGCGUUCCGCGUCUACGGCCACUGGGUGAAGAAGGCCGAGGGCCAGAACCGCGCCAUGCUGUUCGAGAAUCUGCCCAAGACGGACCUGCGCCGCGCCGCGCCGGUGCUUGUCACCAGCUGAGCGUCCGACCGGGCUGACGACCGGGCGUAGACCGGCCGGCCGGUGGAUCAGGGUAGGCCCGACUCAGUUCUCCCAGCGAGUGUUCGUAUGAUGGCACCGGACAGCAGUUUCUGCUGUCGCGUGCAUUACACUAGUCCGAAUAUUGCACUGGACUUGGUCACGCACAUUUAGCGCGAGAGUUGCAAAGGCCCUAUCGGAUUGCCGUCACCCCUUUUUCAAAUGCCUCCUCUCUUCUUAGUCCUUGCUAGAUUUUCGUCGCCGUCCGGCGACCUGCUACCAUGACUAGUAAACUGAACAACCUUCCCGAUGGGCACUGAAUGAGUUGGCGAUGAACGAGCUUUAGAGUGAUUUGAUCGUUUUAUUCUCUGAUGUUUGAAACGGCCGUAGGAGAUCCGUAGAUAUUACUAGCGCGGAAAGUUGGAGUGUGUAUGCGUCUCGGCCGAGCUGAUAUAGCGGUUAUUAUCAGUACGGCGCCCGACGAUCACGGCAGGGAAGGGCGCCGCCCCGUUCCGGUCUCCGAGCGGGGCCGUACUCUGCUCCGACCAGACUCAGGAGCCAGUGGCGAAUGCAUAGUCUGUUGUCGGCGCGCAGGAGUGAUCAUAUAUCUCAGCAUCUUGUAAGCGCGCCGUUUGUGGGCGCGCGUGUAGCGGGUUUGAGUUUUCCCGGGCGGCGCUACCCGGGACCGGUGCGGCUGCCUGUCAGUGUGUGAGUGCGUGUGUGAUUGGUGGCUGGUCUCGGUCGGGCCCGACCCCCGCGCGCCAGUCGCAGCGGUCAGUCGGGUCGGCUCGGUGCCCACGCGCGGUCUGUGAUGGCCAGAGCCGGGACAGUUCAUAGGCAGGCUGAUGCUCACCCGUGUUUUGAGCGACGUGCGGCGGCGCAGUCCCGACUUGCCCCGUAGCUAGUCCAGUGCAUUUGUACGAGCCCAGUAAAGGUGGAGUCGUCUUCUGGGCGACUCGGCAGGGCAGACGCCGGAACUCCGAAUGGAAUCAGAGCGUGUCAAUAAAUACAGUGAACACUC